UGUCGUAGUCAGAGCAUCUGACACAAAUACAAAUAAUAAUUUAUAGAUAACUGACAUUAUAAUUCUGAAUGGUCUCCAGCAGAUUCAUUUAAAAAAAGUUAGCCCCACACAUUAAAAUAAAAACUGCUACGUUGGAGAGGGAACAAGAAAGACCCACCCAAUGACUGUAUACUUUACUUAUGCUGUAAUUUGUCUCGCUGGCAGGGUGCUUCCAUCACGAAGGUAUAAAGAACUCCAUCCAAUGCACUCUUUCAGAGCACGUUGAGUCACCUGACAGAUAUCAGCCUAUCAUAUCCGAGAGGAUAGGCGAACGGCUAGUACAGUGGAGUUGUCAGGAUUUAGCUUCAGUGUGUCAAAACGGGAACGACGGCGGUUAUUUUUGUGCAAUGCCGAAUAAAGCGAAAAAAGAGAAGGACUCUCCUAAAUAUGGAAAAGUUGGCAAAACUGGAGGACAAGAGAACUCGGACAUUGAGCAGGGCUCCAACAGAAAAGGCAGUAACAGUGUCCCUCCUACCACUCAGCUGCUGAAGGGCAAGCAGCUGGGUUCCCAGAUGCCUGUCAAGAAGGACAAGAGGCAGAGCUCGUCCCGCUUCAGCCUCAGCAACAACAGAGAGCUGCAAAAGCUGCCUGCCUUCAAAGAUGUCCCUGCGGCGGAGCAGGAGAAGCUGUUUGUCCAGAAGCUGCGUCAGUGCUGUGUUCUCUUUGACUUUUUGUCGGAUCCUCUGAGCGACCUGAAAUGGAAGGAAGUGAAGCGGGCUGCGCUCAGCGAGAUGGUGGAGUACAUCACCCACAACGGGAACGUCAUCACAGAGCCCAUCUACCCAGAGGUGGUGCACGUGUUUGCAGUGAACAUGUUCAGGACGUUGCCUCCAUCGUCCAACCCCACAGGGGCGGAGUUUGACCCGGAGGAGGAUGAGCCCACGCUAGAGGCAGCGUGGCCACACCUACAGCUCGUUUACGAGUUCUUCCUCCGGUUUCUAGAGUCUCCAGACUUUCAACCAAAUGUAGCCAAGAAGUAUAUCGACCAGAAAUUUGUGAUGCAGCUAUUGGACCUGUUUGACAGUGAAGACCCUAGGGAAAGGGACUUUCUAAAGACCACUCUGCAUCGCAUCUACGGCAAGUUCCUGGGCCUGAGAGCGUACAUCAGGAAACAGAUAAAUAACAUAUUUUAUAGCUUCAUUUAUGAAACGGAACAUCAUAACGGAAUAGCGGAGUUAUUGGAAAUAUUAGGAAGCAUAAUCAAUGGGUUUGCCUUACCGUUGAAAGAGGAGCACAAGAUGUUCCUGUUGAAGGUGUUGCUGCCUUUACACAAAGUCAAGUCCCUUAGUGUCUAUCACCCACAGCUGGCAUACUGCGUGGUGCAGUUUCUAGAGAAGGACAGCACCCUCACAGAACCGACAGUGAUGGCUCUGUUGAAGUACUGGCCAAAGACCCACAGUCCAAAGGAGGUGAUGUUCCUCAACGAGCUGGAGGAGAUUUUGGACGUCAUCGAACCCUCUGAGUUUGUCAAGGUCAUGGAGCCCCUCUUCAGACAGCUGGCCAAGUGUGUGUCCAGCCCACACUUCCAGGUGGCAGAGAGAGCGCUGUACUACUGGAACAACGAGUACAUCAUGAGUCUGAUCAGUGACAAUGCCGCCAGAAUCCUCCCUAUCAUGUUCCCCUCGCUCUACCGCAACUCCAAGACCCACUGGAACAAGACGAUCCACGGUCUGAUCUACAACGCCCUGAAGCUCUUCAUGGAGAUGAACCAGAAGCUAUUCGACGACUGCACACAGCAGUUCCGAGCAGAGAAGAACAAAGAGAAGGCCAAGUGGAAAGAGCGAGAAGAAGCGUGGGUGAAGAUCGAGAAUCUGGCCAAGUCCAACCCUCAGUUCCUGGUGUACGUGGACCCGUCAGGCCUGGGUAGUCCCAUGGACACAGACGGACCAAUGAUAGAGGACUUCAACAUGCUGAAGAAGACUAUAGAGGUAGAGGCCACACAGCUCCAGAGGAAUGAGCGUAAGGAGCGUCCGCUGGUCAGGAGGAAGUCUGAGCUGCCUCAAGACAUUUCCACCGUCAAUGCCCUGGAGACGCACCGGAGGGCCGAGGACAUGGUCACACCACACGACGGCCACUAGAGACCACACACAGUACAGUCCGAUUCACACUGACAGUUCGAUGCACACUGACAGUCCGAUACGGACGGAAGGACAUGACGGACGGACCAGCACAGAAGAGAACAGAAUGACCUGGCUGAAAAAAUCUGGAGCUCAAACCAAAUCAGCACAACUCUACUUAGCCCAGUCCAACUAUGACAAUUGAUCCCCAGCCCAGUCCACUCCAGCCCUGCGCAACAGAUGUCAAUGGCACAGGACGUUAUGGCAUGACCAAACAUGACAUUGUUUCCCUCGCCUCACCUCCCUAUCCCUCUGUCCUGCUCUCGCUGUCUUGUAAAAGCGCUUUAGGGUGCAGUGGUGCCCCCUUCUGGUAAUUUCUCUCAGGUUUUCUUUUCUUGUUUUUAUUUGUUGGUUUGUUUCUGUUCUUUUUCUCUCAUUAAUGAUGUCAUGUGCUUUGGCAAUCGGACUGGCGAACAGACAUGUAUUACAGGCGCAUGCUGUACGUAAUGGGCGGAGGAAGAAGCAGCUUGGUUGAGGACCACUUUUUAUUUUCUUCCCAUCUCUCUCUACUUGAGCAUAGAAAGGAAAGCGCCGUACUUCUUCCUCAGAGCCCCAUUACAGCUGCUUUUGUCAUGAGCUUUACCCUUCUCUCUCUGUGUGCAUUUUUCUUUGUUCUGCUAUGAUUUGAUAGGAGGAGAAGCAAGGGGGACAGUCGGCGGACUGUCUGUUGGUUAACAGACGUUGUUGUAAUGAAGUUGUGGGGAUUUAAAUGUGCUUGCCUGAGGAAGGUUGAAUGCUGAGGGACAGGAAGGGGUUCUUCUGUCCUCCACUGGACAUAUGCUGGUCUGUACAAACAUAGUUUGGUGCCAACUUCACUUUCUUUCUUUUUUUUAUCUGAAUGAUAUUGUAGGCAAUAAGUUGACCCAGGUUGCCGUGUGUUUGGAUUGUUCACACAAUGGUCAAUGGUUUUCUGGAUCCAUUGGAGUUUAGUGUCCGUGUAAAAACAAAAGACACAUACUCCGUCUGUGCACUUCACGAUCCCCAUCAGUCUUUCAGUCUUCAUUAAUAUUGAUCAAUGUUAUCCAACUCCUGUCAUGUUAUUGAUGUGAAAACUCCAAGGUCUAAUUUUGUAGUUCUGUGUUUAGACUCCCAUUUUGAGUUUUAGUGUGUGUGAGUGGGACAAGAGGAACUGAACUGGGCUACACAGAGGAAUAGUCAUCGCUGGUUUUUCUACUCUUCAUAACCAAAACCCCUUUCUUUCUGAUGUUGCUGUUAUGUGUUAGCAAGUAGUAGGCUAGUUCAGUCAUAUAAAGACCAUUCUGUCUGGAGAAACCGAGUUGAAUUUGAACACAAGCCUUUCUUUUCAUAGUGCCUUUAUUGUACAUGGGGGACAUCGGCUAAACUGGGAAAGAUUAGAAGAGUAACGUUAUUUGAAGGCCAAACCAUGUUAAAUUUAUCAUUAGCUUCUAAACAGACCAGAGAGAGAGACGUUGAAACACACACUGCCCCAGAGUAUUCUAUAUUUAUUUACAUCCGUGUCGAGUGUAAAACGCAUACGAGCUGUUUAGCGUCAGUUACAUGCCUUGUUAAAUCUACAAAGCUGAUGAUGAUGAUGGUGGUUGUCAAGCUAGAGAGGAGUGGAGUAGCCCCAAUGACUUUACAUGGAAGGACUUCCUGAUUUUUAAAACAUGAACAAUAAAAAUAUCCAAAAUGAGUCAGUCAUGCUGUGUGGUCUGCUCGGUUCUGUCAGUCCCUCUGUGUGCCUGAUAAAUAACGUGUAUAGAAGGAUGCUUCCCAAUUAACCUCUCAUUCCCCGUUCCAUUUAGGAUCUAUCCCAAAUGGCAACUUAUUCCCCUAGAGCCCUAUAGACCUUGAUCAAAAGUAGUGCACUAUAUAGGAAAUAGUGUGCCAUUUGAGAUUCUAUCAAGAGUAUUGAUGUGUCUGUUGCAGUACCUUUGUUUGCGCCCCCAGUCAGACAAGGACUCUGGCUGUAUCCCUGAAGAGAAGUUCACCAUCCAGGUGGUGCUGCUGUGUAUGUUUGUGUGUGUGUGUGUGUGAGACACUGCUUCGGGAUGCUUGCAAGGUCUAUUCCUUUGCCUGCAAAAACUCUGUGCAAAUUGUAAAAUAUACUACAAUUACUACCAUGAUCACGUUUUGCGGUUUCUUUUUCGUUUCUUUUUUAAGGAAUAACAUUCACCAAUUUAUGCCAUCCCCUUCCACUCCCAACUAUUUUGCUGUACAAUUACUAAAAGGAAGUCUAGAGUGCUUUAUAGAUGGCACAAACAACUGGAUGGCUCCAGGGUUGUGAUCAAUUUACUUACAAUUUCAUAGAUUAAGUAAGUAAACUUAAAUUCCAAUUCAUUGCUUCUCAAAGAGGAGAAUUGGCUCCUCAGUUGACUUCCUGAAUUGACAAAUUAGAAUGGAUCCCAACCCUGCCUGUUCCAAUGUCCUGAGAACAGAGGACUUCACUUUGGUGACUGUUCUUCAUCAAAUGGCUUUAAUAUUAUAGUUUCUUUGGAGCCCUCUUAUUUUACACAAGCAAUUUUUUUAUUUCAAAAGAAUAAUACUACAAGUGUCCUUUUAGUAGACAUCCUGUACUAAAUGGCUUAAUCUACUAUUGUACAUAUAAUGUACUUUAUUUGAUGUUCUGUGUAUUAUUAAAUGGUAGAUGCCCCUGUGUACAUACAGGAAACAAAGGUUAUUAGCUACUGCAGACAGUUUGGAUGUGGCACAGACUACAAUACGUGACUAUUUUGCAUUUAGAGCAGUUAAGAAUUUGAAUUAUAAUAUUUUUUUAUCGCUUUGUAAUUAAACAUUUUGUUUUACAGCAUUUAAAAAAUGUGAAGAGAUCCUACAUUAGCAUUUUGUGAGCGCUUUUGUAAAUAAAAAAAACAGCUGUGUACAUCAACAUAUAUAUGGUAAAUAAAGAAUGUGUUUUUUUAUAUUUUCAUCCAACAACA